CGCGGCUCACUUGACUUAAAUUUUGCGAGUGGAGCCUGGUUUGACCGCAGUUCUGAACUGGUUAACUAGCGUGCGUAGUACAGCACACUAGUAGAUUAUCGGGAAAACACACAAAAAAAAAAACUCGCCUCUAGGCUGCAGUUUUCAAUCAUGUAGUUGUGGUGCACGGUGCUCCGGUCAUCGCUUGAAAACAUGCAAACCUCUUCCAAAAAUGUUAAAAGCGGUUCAUGUAUACAAAAGUUCACCAAGACUUUAAAAAGGUGCGUGCGUGCAUGAGUGCGUCCACUGCACGUGCCAAAUCCACAAACUCAACAUUUCCGCUGGGAGCAAGCAUGGAGGGUGCGCGCAUCCGUGCCACCACAGUGGAACAUUAAGCCAAGAAGAAAGAAGCGAUUGAUUGCUCAUGUUGGUUAUUGUUGGGCUUUUCUCGCGGAGCAGCACUCGCAACACAACGUCGCGUCCCGCUCCCCCCAAAAUAAAAUAUCAUCCCUCUUGCCACUCGAAGACUACUCUUCAGUAAUAUUUCAUCUGCUCACACACGAGAGGGAAAUCAAUUCCAUCACGAAGUGAAGGAGGUCACAGCUGGUUUCCUCCAACUCGUGACAACCAUGGAUGUCGCAACCGAGGAAGGGAUGUCUCUGUCGGGUAUCCGACUCCGGAAUUGUCCGGCGCAAGUGAUGGCCAAGUUGAGGAAGACGAAAGCAAAGAGGAAAAGGCGGAAAGAGGUGCUUCUAAUACAGAUUUGCUUGUUCGGAGCUUUGCUACUCGUCUUCAAGGGAUUCUCCUUCUUGGCUGACGGUUCAGGUUCCAACCAUGGGAGCAAUCAUCAAGAGAGAUGGGAGGGAAGAAAGCUACUGCAGAAAAUGGACAACAGCAGCCCAGUGGAAAUGGACACGGAAAAAAAUUGCACUUCUCCAGCUCUGCACGAGUUCCCCACAGACCUGUUCACAAACAAAGAGAGAACAGAAGGAGCAGUGACCUUGCAUGUCUUGUGUACUAUAUACAUGUUCUGUGCUCUAGCCGUGGUCUGUGAUGACUACUUUGUUCCCUCCCUGGAGAAGAUAUGUGAGCAUCUUCAUCUCAGUGAGGACGUGGCAGGUGCAACCUUCAUGGCCGCAGGCAGCUCAGCUCCUGAGCUCUUCACGUCCAUCAUUGGGGUGUUUGUCACCAAAGGUGAUGUGGGUGUGGGCACCAUUGUUGGCUCAGCAGUAUUUAACAUACUCUGCAUCAUCGGUGUGUGUGGCUUCUUUGCAGGACAGGCAGUGAAGCUCUCUUACUGGGCUCUCCUCCGAGAUUCUGUUUACUAUAUCUUUUCUAUCACAGCCCUUAUUGUGUUCAUCUAUGAUGAAAAGGUGUGCUGGUGGGAGUCUCUCGUCCUGAUUCUGAUGUAUGCAAUCUACAUCCUCAUCAUGAAGUUUAACAAUAGUGUCCAGAGUUACCUCAGCCAUCGGAAGAAGAGCUCAGUGAAUCUGGUCAAUGCGUUAACAGGAAGCAGUGAUCUGGAGGAUAUUCAUUGCGAUAGUAACUCCGCCUUGCUCAAGAAAGCUAACCUCCAAAAUGAACCAUCUGUAGGCCUGCUGAUGGUCGAUGAGCUCCUGUCUGCAUACCCACACCAAUUGACUUUCUCUGAAGCUGGCAUGAGGAUCAUGAUCACAAGUCAUUUCUCCCCAAGGACACGGCUGACAAUGGCCUCUCGGAUGAUUAUCAAUGAGAGACAAAGAGUGAUCAACACCACCGAGACUCGAGUCUACCGCAUCCCCAAUGAUGACUCUGAUUCGACAGCCAGGGCCCAGGGAAGCCGGAGCUUUGAGAAUGGCGGCGCUGAGCAGGGCCAGAACGGGAGUUACACAUCUGAACGGCUGGAGUCUGUGAUGGAGAAUGAAAAUGAGGAUAAUGAGAAUAACGAGAAUGAUGGUGAAGGAGAGGGAGACGAUGGCAAUGAAGGCCCGUUGGUGCCUUUUAAAGCUCCAGCGGGUGUGUGUAACAAGGUGAAGUGGUUAACCAUGUUGCCAUUAUCGGUGCUCCUCUUCUUCACCGUGCCCAACUGCGGCAAGCGGCGUUGGGAGAAAUGGUUCAUGGUCACCUUUUUCAUCGCGACCGUCUGGAUCGCUGGCCUCUCCUACAUCAUGGUCUGGAUGGUGACUGUGAUUGGCUUCACGCUCGGCAUCCCUGACGUAAUCAUGGGAAUCACCUUUCUGGCAGCAGGCACCAGCGUCCCAGACUGCAUGGCCAGUGUUAUCGUUGCCAGACAGGGUCUGGGAGAUAUGGCCAUCUCCAACUCGAUCGGCAGUAAUGUCUUUGACAUCCUGGUGGGCCUGGGCCUGCCGUGGGCACUGCAAACACUCUGCAUAGACUACGGCUCCAUUGUCCAUCUGAGCAGCAGGGGACUCAUAUUCUCCGUUGGACUCUUAUUGGCCUCAGUCUUCUUUAUUGUCUUGGGGGUCCAUUUGAACAAAUGGACUCUGGACUGGAAAUUGGGCUUGGUCUGCCUCAUCCUGUACGCCAUCUUCCUCUGUUUCUCUAUCCUUAUUGAGUUCAACGUCUUCUUUUUUGUCAAUCUCCCCAUGUGCCGGGACAUCCGCUGACCUUGAUCGUCCUCUGCUGUUCUUUUUUCUUCCUCUGGCAAAGGGAAGCGGGGGCCUCACUUUGCUCUUGGUGCGAACGAUUGUGCUACCAAUGAUUAAUCUUUGGUGCAAUGCACAUCAUAGAGGACAGUGGCUCGUUGCCAAAAAGUCUCAACAACAGAGGUUGUUGCAAAUUACUUUUGAAUGCGUCGCAUAUCUUUGGAUGCCACGAAAACUGUAUCCUCAGCCCACCAUCUGUGAAGAAGCUGCUAAUGUAACUGCCUGACUGAUAGAGGAAUAGAACUUGACGUUUCACCGGAUUGUUUGUUACUCUUUGUAACGAGUCUUGGAUAAAACCACAGUCAUGGUUUUACUUUGUGAAUGCAAAACAAAACUGAAAACAUCUUUCUCUCUAUGUAUUAAAACUGGGAGAGGCUGGAAUACUCUUCUGCAUAAAAUUGGUGAUCCAAUGGCAGUGAUCAUUUUUAACGUGAGCACAGUAUACUGGUGAACGAUGCCACGACUGUCAUUCAUUCUAAUGUUUCAACCUUUCUCCUGUGUUUUUUCUGACGACAUGGUAUGCUGUCAUCUCACACUUUGCACUAACACAGGAACUGGAGAUGUUUGAAAAUAUUUAUUAUGAGUUUUCAAAUUGAGAUUCUGUAUAUCUUCAUGCCUGCAAGUUGCAU